AUGCUUCUCCUCCUCUCAGCGCUGGUCCUGCUCACACAGCCUCCAAGGUCAUGGGGAGCAGAGAUGACAAACCUUACCCAGAAACGUUUGGCUGGUGCCUGCACCCUGGUCAUGUGUGGCCCUGUGGAGAAUGGCCUGCCUGGUCGUGAUGGACGCGAUGGAAGAGACGGCCCCCGGGGCGAGAAGGGGAAUCCAGGUCCACCAGGAGCUCGUGGACCAAGGGGGAUGCCUGGACCUGUAGGCCCAGUUGGGCCCAAAGGGGACAAUGGCUCUGCUGGAGAACCUGGACCGAAGGGAGACUCGGGGCCACGUGGACUUCAGGGACCAGCAGGUGCACCCGGGCCAGCUGGAAGAGAAGGUCCCUCGGGAAUGAAGGGGGAUGUAGGCCCCCAAGGCGAACCAGGACCCAAAGGAGAGCCUGGGCCCAAAGGAGAAGUGGGUGCCCCAGGAAUGCAGGGCUCUGCAGGGCCAAGAGGCCCUCCAGGUCUCAAAGGAGAGCAAGGUGCCCCUGGUGAGCGUGGAGCCCCUGGGAAUGCAGGGCCACCAGGGCCUGUAGGACCCCCAGGCCCAUCGGGACCUCCAGGCGCCAGGGGCCUCCAGGGACUGAAGGGAGACAGAGGUGCUCCUGGGGAGAGAGGACCAAAGGGAGAGAGUGGACUUCCAGACAUCGCUGCUCUGAGGCAGCAGGUGGAGGCCUUGCAGGGGCAGGUGGGACGCCUUCAGGGAGCCUUCCUUCAGUCUAAGAAAGUGGAGCUGUUCCCCAAUGGCCGACGUGUUGGCCAGAAGGUCUUCAAGGCAGCAGGCUUUGAGAAAUCUUUCCAGGAGGCACAGCAAGUGUGCGCCCAGGCUGGGGGGCAGCUGCCCUCUCCACGCUCUGCAGCUGAGAACGAAGCAUUGCAAGAGCUGGUCGAGUUUGAGAACCAGGGUGCUGCGUUCCUGAGCAUGACUGACUCUGAGACGGAGGGCAAGUUCGUCUACCCAGGAGGGGAGCCCCUGGGCUAUUCCAACUGGGCCCCCGGGGAGCCCAACAACAAUGGCGGCAAUGAGGACUGUGUGGAGAUCUUCACCAAUGGCAAGUGGAAUGACAAGUCCUGUGGAGAGAAGCGCCUCGUGAUCUGCGAGUUCUGA